AUGCCAACGGAAGAAACGUCUACAACCGACCCGAGUCAUCGUGACUGUUUGAAAGUGGUGCAAAGGGCCGUCAGAACACGGGCUUGUGCCGACUGCCGAGCUCAAAUCACAGGCCAAUUCUAUUGGUCACUGCCCUGUGAUGGCAAAUCAGCGCAUCGAUUAUUGACGUGCCUACGCCUGCCUCUUUUAGGCCCAAGGACGGUGUAUGCUGAUUGGAUAAUUGCUCCGAUUGCACAGACGCCACCGACUGCGGUACAAUAA